CCCACACACACUCUUCAUGGACAUUUCUUUUGCCUUCUCUUGCAUCUUUUUUUCUUAAACUGGCUUAUUCAAGUUAUACGUAUACAUACACAGAUACACUCUUGCUCCUUAUGUAACUUCCUCGCUUUGGCAUGCAAAUCAGUUUUUGCUCGCUAGCCCUCCUCUCUUAACUAUAUCUAGCUAUUAUUACGACACGUCCCAACUUUUUUUUUCUGGGAGGUGUCGCUUCCUGUGCACGAAGAGAGAAAAAAAAUGAGCUUCAACAAACACUCGGUACGUCUUUUCGUUAUGCAAAGAAACACCUCGCAUCAAAUCGCCCCAGGGAUCGCCAACUAUCGAAAAUAUGACACAAGGCUGCACCAGGGGAGAUAUUUGUCAACUGAGGUCUUACCUGAAGAGGAGCAAUCUGGCCUGUUUGGGAAGAAACUGAACGAAAGACAGAGGGCAGCCAGAGAGAAAUUCCUGGAAGCUGAAAAAGAAUGGGAUAGAAAGGUUAAAUGGGAUUCUUUGAAUGAGAAUGAAAUUGAGAUUGUUAAAGCUCACAAACGAGCAGUUCUGAAUGGGCAUUUUACCUAUGAUGACACCAAACUUGGAAAGAAGGUGACUACCAGAUUGCGACACUUCCUCAGAGGUUCCUGCUGUGGGAAUGGCUGUAGGCAUUGCAUUUACAACCAUGACAAUGUUCCUGAGGAACUUAAAGGUGCCAAGACUUUUAAUUCAGCAUUUUGGGCAUAAACCAUCUGGAAGAAUAGAUGGGAUGCCAGCCUUUAACUGCGACUUAAUAGUGUAUCAUAUUUCUGGGUGUACAGAAAGCAUAUUUUGAAAAAUAAAAGUAUGUAUGCAAAUGCAAUGAUAAAUAAUAUACAAGUCAUUUGACGA